AUGUUCCGCGUAUUUUUCCUGCAAACUGUGAUAAUGUGUUUCUUCGCGUGGAGAAGCGAAAGUAUACUUCUGUAUCCUCAGAGGACGUUGUUCCAGUUCACGGUCGGCAUCUCGGUGCCGAUUUCCAUGAGCAAAAGGGGUAGCGUGGUGUUCUCGUCCGCAUUCCAAUUCAAUUAUAGACUUCCGUCGAACCUGACGGAGCUCGAGCCUACAAUAAUACCGGCCAGGCAGGCCAGGGAUCUGACUCUGCAGGACACUUACGGGGCCAUCGAGAAUUUAUUGAACCGGCAUGGCUGGCGGGACGGCAGGAAGUGUCUUUUAAGGACCAUUUGCGAGCUCGCGGAGACACCAUUUGGCAGGACACGUCAGGACGUCCUAGAGGAGGUGAUCCACUUAAUUUUAACGCCGAGCGAAGACUUGCCAGGGACGGCUAAUUCGACUCAUCGGAGCAUCGACCAAUUGUACCAGGAAGCGGAACGAUUGGGAAGAUCCGGCGGCGACUGCAUCCUGGCCUAUCCCGAUUGCGUCGAGUCACCCAUCGAAACGUUCACGGAGGUCGCAUUCCCCUAG